AUGGCGUGUAAACCGCCAAUUUACAACUGGGAGGUCGACCCGAUAAUAUGCCAAAGAUGGCUAAGUGACGUAGAAGGGGUGUUUGAAAGGACCCACUGUGACGUGAGUGAUUUUGUUGCUUACGGAAUGGGUCAAUUAAGGGGUCAAGCCAAGGAUUGGUGGGACAAUAAAAAGAAGGAGAUAGGAGCCGAGGCGGCAAUGGUCAUGACAUGGGACGAGUUUAAGGUGCCAUUCCUUAAGCACCAUAGUCCCAAGGCGGUUAUCAACAAGAUCAAAGAAGAGGUCAUCCAGUUAAGACAAAGGGGAGAAUCAAUUGAUAAAAUCACGGGUAUCUUCAUGGAUAAGCUAAGGUUCUGUGAUGAGUUAGUGACUACGGAGGAGCAGAAAAUAUAUUAUUAUUAUAAUAUGUUAAGUGCUGAGUACCGAGAGUUCAUGAUCCCUUCUAAAUAUGAGACGCUUACCGAGAUCAUAAAUACGGCUCGAGAAAAAGAAAUUGAACUUAAGAAGCAAAUCGAGAGGGGUGAAAGAAGGGUAGUGGAUGCUAACCCGAACCCUACAAAGAAAGCUCGAACUGUUGAAUCGGGGAAGAAGGCGGAUGUGAAAGGCGGGUCGCCAAAUUGCAAGGUGUAA